AUUGUUUGGUUUUCUCCGAGCUUUGAUUUUCCAUCUUCUACUAAACUCGGGGAUAUAAUAAUUUCUGUCUGGUCUACAAGUCUUCCCGAUUAUUUCACUGUGUAUUUGUGUUAUGAAAAUCAAACCCUCAGAAUUUUUAGUAUUAGAACUCAUGAUUCUGAAAUCAUUUUUGCAUCACUUCUAGAAAACCUGCCAUAUUAUGGAUGGGUGAAAACAACGACCGGAUAAUUGAUAACCGCGUCUCUGCAUGACCUUAUUGUUAGCACAAAUAUGGCUGGCGAUUCUGGUUCAGGACGUGUUAUACUGAUCCCUAUUGAUGGCAGUGAACACUGCGAACGGGCAUUUCGUUGGUAUCUGGACAAUAUGAAACGAGAAACUGACUGCAUAAAGUUUGUCCAUGUAAUCGAACCAGUUUAUAAUACUCCUGCCAUUGGACUGACAAUGGAAUCUCCUCCAGUACCUGAUAUGACUCGCGUUAUGGAAGAAAGCAUUGAUGCAGGUAAAAAGCUUGGACAGAAGUACAUGCACGAAGCCAAAGCCCAUAAACUUACUGCUCAAGCGUUUUUACACGUGGACACUAAGCCUGGAAGUUCUCUUGUGAAAGCUAUUUCGGAUCACAAAGCAAGUGUUAUUCUGAUGGGUAAUCGUGGUGUCGGGGCUAUUCGUCGUACAUUCUUGGGAAGUGUCAGUGACUAUAUUCUUCAUCAUGCUCACAUUCCUGUAAUUAUUGUCCCACCUCCAGAAAAGCAUUAA